CCUCACGUAAUAUCAGCAGCUCUCUCAGCAGGGGCAUAGAAAUGAUUUCGCCAAUAGCGUAUUUUCCUAGGGUAUAGAUUAUACAAUAGUUUAGCUUUUUGAUAUGGAACGCGUUUCGUCUAGGCUCCAUCCUCUUCCCGACGUGCUCCUGCAUGCUUCGCGGUCAGAAAUGGCUUCACCACAGUCACCGUCUCUACCAGCCCCUGUCUAGAGUACACCCCAGAGGAAGCACAACCCAACGGUUGCAGAAAGAGAGAUAGAGAAAGAGAAAGCAGCGGACUGUAAAUUACGCGGUGUUUGCCUAAUUGUUAAAUUCAGCUUUUUGCUCUUCCAUCAAUUGGCAGAUUUGGGGACGUUUGCUACGCCCGGUGUAGCGGUGUAGAGGUCUAUUCGUCAGCAUCACCCCCAUACCUUUCCGAUGGGCCAGCGAGCUUGCGUCACCGUCACUAUAGACAACCGGGAGAACGCAGACGCGGACAACGAAAUGAGGACCGAUACAGAAUGAAGGGGAUAUGUACAGUAUCGGUGAAGAAACCCGUGCUUAUUGCAAUGCUGCCUGAAGAAUGGGAGCGGGUUCCUCCAGCGCGAUUAAGUUCCUUUCGGACGGUUUGCAACUCCAGCGCGCGAUUAUUGGAGGACGGCCCCACGUGACUUCACGGUUUACCCCUCUGGGCGAACACAACACUGCAACCGAACCUGCUGGAUGCGUCACCGGACACAGUGAGGGAGGCCACGCGCCACAAUUCCGAGAGAUUCCACUCUUCCAGCGUUCAGUCACCUCUUCUGCUUGUAUCAGCUGUACGCCGUACCCGACUGACCCGUUAUGGGGCACCCCGGACCCGGUGGAUACCCGCCAUGCCAAGGGCAAAGCAGUCGUCAGAGACAAGAGGUGCAGUGCAUCCACUUACUUCCUCUCACCGAGGCAUCUCUUCCCUUGGAUGAGAGAAACUCGGCAUGACCUACACCAGAGUGCAUCGGACUCCAACGAAUUAGGUGAUUCAGUGUGCAGUCGUAACGAGGCUGGUGGUCUCCCGAGUAGAGGAAGAGACGGAGGGCGAGACGGAGGGAGGCGAGCGAGGACGGCGUUCACCAGUACUCAGCUAGUGGAGCUGGAGAAGGAGUUUCACUUCAGCCCCUACCUAUGUCGACCACGCAGGCUGGAGAUGGCUGCAGGCCUGAGGCUCACAGACCGGCAGAUCAAGAUCUGGUUCCAGAACCGACGCAUGAAAUACAAGAAGGAUCAUAAGGAGGACAGAGGGACAGCGACUGAGACACCGUUGCCGUGCCUCUCUACCACCACACACAUGCCAUCCCUCAGCCCAAGGUCCUCUGUUGGAGUUGGGUACUCGGGAUUCAGAAGUGCUGGUCUGGUGAGAGGGACUCGGUCUCCAAACCUUCUCCUCGUUAAUUGUGAUCGUACCCCGGCGUCGGGUUCUCACAGUAAGGCCAACACCAGUGACUGUUUACGUGUUACUCCCAUGGACCUUCCCCAGCUCACCACCGGAACUGCGACUGACUCUGAUAGUCUGCAGUCGGCCCUUACGGUUGUAGACAGCGGAUGUUUGUGCCCGGGUCUCUCCAAACUCGCCCCAGGGCACCUAUCCUCUUAUGUUGACAGUGACAUCAGUGCAUAUUUCAGAUGUAGAGGAUUCCUCUUAGACCUAGAACCCCCUACACUUACUCACCUGUAAGAGCAGGCCUAUGCCACAAACCUAAACACCUAGACCUUCAAGUAAUAUGUGUGUGUGUAGGUGGUCAAUUCAAUCAAACCAGCAUUGUGGAGGCUAGCUUUCGUUCAACUUUCUGAUAGUGGCUCACUGAAGAAUGCAGAUUUAUUACCUAUAGGGUUUCCAGUAUCCUUACAGGUUUCUAGUCCAAAAGCGACCACUACUGCCCCCUCUGUUCCUGUUACACCUUGUGGCAAAAUGUUAUCUUUUUGAAUCAAAAUGGACAUGAUUUAUAUUAGCAAUAAAAAGACAUCCUGCUACUGUUUUGCAUGUCAAAUGCAUGUUUUCAACACAUUCUCAAUCCAUUUUUGUAUUUUCAUGUGUCAUGGCUUGUGCUUGUCGUCUAUUUAAAUCAGAGAGAAAGGAAUUUGACUUUAAGGUAUAGGUAUCACGUGUUAUGUUAUGAUCUCGUAAUGAUCCUGAUGAAGAGAGUGUGUCUGUCGAAAUGUCGGUUAUUCAAUUAUUGCACCUGAGCUCCUAGAAUGUGAGGCUCUCCUUUUCUUUUUCAAGUGUUUCUUUCGCCUCCAGAAUGAUCCUGUAAGUAGCGUUAACGUACUAGCGAUCAGUUUUGUUUUUUCAAGAGCUCCUAAUGUGUCAAAUAAUUGUGGCGGCCAUAUCUGUAAAUCAGAGAGAAAGGAAUUUGACUUCGGCUGUAGGUGUCCUGUGUUAGGCCAUGUUUUGUGUUCUUAUCAUUAAAUAGCUGUUCGUUCGUGUGAGUUUGUGUAAGUGUGAAAACACAGAAGCAUAUGUUCAUAUUGAAUGAGGUUCUAUUUUUAGUUAUAUAUGUGUUUGUGUUGAAGCUAGAAUCCCUUCGUUAAAACAAUAUCAACAUGGCUCCCUGUCCCUGUUUCGCUAAAAAGCUAAGGGAUGGGGCUGGAGAAAUGUAACUACUCUCAAAUUCAUAGACAGCGCUAUGGAUGCAAGGACUGACCAUCCAUGAUUUCAAAUGUAUCGUUUUAACCAUGUUUUUCGAGGCUAUACAGUGUUUGUUUACAUUUACAUUGUUGACAAACAUUGGGGUAAAACAAGCUUUAUGUUUGUGUUCUGAUAGGGUACGACUGUUGAACUAAGCUCAUGAGGCAUUUAUAAGUUAUAUUCUUCAAGAGUCAAUGGGUAUAUGUCAUUAAUCUAUAAAUUAAAACUGGAUGCAGAAACUAAGGAUCAUAGUUUUUUUUAAAACGUCUUUGAUACUGUUCUUGAUUAAUGAGAUGCUUAAUAAAUGCAUUUGUGGAAAAUCAA